AUGAGCAUGUUUGCACUCCAAAGGAAGUAUUCUGCUGUAAGACUGUUUAUCAUUCACCUAUUCAUAGUCCUUUCCCAUAGUCAGAUGCCUUCCUCCCCAGUCCUCCCAGUCCGGGUCACUGUACCCUCCCCAUGGCAGUCUCUGCCCCUCUCUCAGGGUGAUCUGGGCCUUCUUUUCACCAACUCCAGCCCAUUCUCAUCUACCCAGUCCCUCCUUCUCAUACCUCCAUCUGGAACUGCCUCCAAACCUGUUCUCCAUGCAUCAUUUGGUUCUUACACCAUCACACAGAUGAUGAUGUCUGAACCCAUUCCUCCACUAUCCCCAUCUCUCUCUGCAUCGCUUCUUUCUAAAACUGUUGUGAAAGAGAGAAAGGGGGAAGAAGGGAACAGGUAUAAGGUGCGAGUGCUGUUUCAUAUGAGGGGUGACCCUAACCAAGGCACAUGUGUUACCCUUCAUGCUUUUAAACAGACUGAGGAGCAAAAAGUGUCCUGCAUCACUCAGCCACCUUUUGGGCUGUGUGUGGUCACUUUGACACUUCCAGACGACUGGUUUGAGACAAACCAGAACAUUCAACCAAACCUAGACCAGACUUUUCAGCAACGUCACUCGAGCAAACACCGUUCUCGAAAGCGUGGGAGAUGGCAUCAAUACAUGUCAAGUGGGCUAAGGGCCAAAUCUGAAAUCCCAACUAAUAAAAUUCAUCUCUACUACUCCACUUCCUUCAACAUUGUGUCGAACCUGAAAGCCGGACCCCCUGUGUGUGUAGAGGAAGUAUUACAUCAGUCAGAGAGACGAAUGUACUACAUUGGACCUGUGGGACUUAAAGAAGAGAGGACAGAAACUAACAAAAUCAAGCAGAGCUCUGCGUGUUUAGAUGGACAAGUUGAAGAAAAACUGUGGUUGGAUUCCACUGUGCUAAUUUCAUACAGCAAAGGGCCUGUACGUGCGGGACGGCAAAUCAGAGUCUCUGUAAACCUGAAGGACAAUCUUGAUGGAGAGUCAUUAAUUGUUAGACUGAAAGUGAAAAAAGGCUUGUUGUCUCUGGUGGUCAACCCUGUUACAAACUCUGACCUGUGGACUGUUAGUGUAGAGAAGUCAACAGGUUCUAAACAUGAUGUUAUUUCCAUCAUUAGCCACAGGACUGGCACUCCUAAAACUGGGUCCUCUGCUGUAGAUCAACUAGCUUGUCUCUCACUUGAGGUUUCGCACAGAAGCUUUGGAGUAGCGAUGACUGUCACUGCUAGCUGGUGGGUGGAGUAUUCGGGUCGCAGGACUGCGGCAUCGCCACAUGAGGCAGCCACAACCUUUUUCUCCUUUAUCGACAGAGACGUGGUGGGGAUUGCUCCCAUCACAGAGAGUAACACUAUUAUCAACACUGCCAUCUUAACAAGUCAGCUCGUGUCACUUCCUGUCAUUGUCCUAGCAGUGGGCCAGGAUGGCAAAGUAUUUGAUGUGACCUCAGCAGUGAAGUGUCAUUCUGCCAGUGAAGACAUUGUCAAGGUGUCUCAUGACUGCUCUGUGCUUUUUGUGGAUGGCAGUGAAUCAGGAAUGGGCAGCAUCUGUGUGGAGGUGGAGUUUUCUUUAGGAAUAUUUAGUAGCUCUUUGUGCAUGGCUGUGUGGGCUCCGGUGGUUCCUCUUCGAAUGUCUCUCUCUGACUCUGUCCUAAGUCCUAUUGAAGGUUGGAGCCACUACACUGAGAGCGGGUGCACACCAGUUUAUCAAAGAUCCACCAUACAGAUUUUAGCACGAUUCAGUGCCCAAUCAGGAGCUCAAGGAGGCCAACCCACUUACUUGCUUGGAUCACCUGAUUGGUUUGUGGAUGUAACUGAACUCAUCAGAGAUUGGCUGAGGAUAGAAAACACACAAAUUGCAGCUCUUGAUAAGCAAAAGUAUCUGGUUGGCCUGAAGCCUGGAAUUACUUCAGUAUAUGUAAUAUCAAGUCAGUGGGACGGCGUCCUUGGAAGUGUCGAUCUUACUGUGACCUCUGAACCCGUGUCUCCUGGUGACCUCUCGGUUCAGUUGGUGGGAGGACUUGGCCUGUCAGAUAAUCUCAGUCCAUCUCAUCCCCAUGUUGUCACAGCAACAGUGAUCGCUCACAACUCAUUGUACAACCAUGGACAAGAAGCAUCCAUCAGUGUUUGGAUCCAGUUUUCCGAUGACACCGCCAUAUUAGUAUCAGCUUUUACUGGCAUCCCCUAUUCUCUCCGGCUGUCUUCAUUGGCUGAUUCUGUGGUUACCGUGACACCUGCUCCAUUCCAGCGCAUUCUGGCUCAAGGUGAUGGCGGAGGGCCUCUUGUGAAAGCUGAGCUGCUGGUCACCACCUGUGAACAAAUAUCUAACCACAUUGAGCUGGAAACUAUCCAGGAAGGAAGUAAAACAAGAAGACUGGCUAAAGGUUCUGGUUGGAUAAGAGUGAACCUGAACAUGGAUGCUUGGUCGAUAGAGAGAGAGGAAUCUAACUUUGAGAUGAUUGAUGUGACUGAUAUGCUUGUUGAUACAAAUAAGAAUCUGUAUGAGGAUUUUGAAGAUGAUCAAUUUGCUGUAAACUUCACCCGUGAUUACGAUGGUGGUGAUGAAAACCAUAUGUUUAAAGAAAAUGACUUGGAGCAGGCAGUUCUGAUCCCCAAUCAUGAGGACAGUGCAGUGUACUUCUCUCCUGGUGUAGAAAAAGAGAGGAAAGAUAUGAAAACUGUUGAUAGACAAGUAGAGAUUGGCAUUGGAGCUCUACUUUCCCUUCUUUGUCUCUCCUGUCUCCUUUUCCUCAUUAACUGCCUGCCAUGUGCAUUGAAAGAACAGUGGAACAGAGGAACACGAGAGAGAAAUGUGAAUGACAGUGUGGAGGAUGAAGAAACUGGAGAAGAGCAAGAAGAGGAAGAUAAAGAGAAAACAGUUCAAUGA